AUGAAGAAAGUUCAUUCACAAUACAGAUUUGUUGGAGUUAAGGAUGAUAUGUUACUUCCUAUAAUUGAAAUGAGAUAAUUAAAAUUAUUAGAAUUUAUACUAAUGGGAUGUAAUUUAACUACAUCAUCAGCUAAAUUUUUAUAGACAUUGUUAUACAAAUUACAAAAAUUAGAUAAUUCGGUUUUAAAUCUGUAUGGAAAUAUUGUCAAUAUGAAUUUAAAGUUACUCUUGGAUAUUCAUUAAAGAUAAGUAAAAACCUUAGAUAUAGAAUUAAAUUUCAAUAUUAUAAUUUUGAAUUGA